UGGGAUUAAUUAAUAAUUGCAGAGGAUGCCACGCAAGCGACGGGCCUCGACGCCUUCGCUGGAAGCCGACGAGGAGGAAUUCGCCUCUGAGGAGAAGUACAGCAAGGAUGAUUUGGAGAGUCGUGCACCGAGGAACGCGGCGAACGCGAGGGAACGGGCUCGAAUGAGAGUGCUGAGCAAGGCGUUUUGCAGAUUGAAAACGACCUUACCUUGGGUACCAGCCGACACGAAACUCAGCAAGCUGGACACCCUCCGCCUGGCGGCCACCUACAUCGCCCAUCUUCGAGCGGUUCUCAGAGACGACACGGAUGCCCAUUCCGAGACCAGAUCUUUGUCUUUGGCGCUGUCAUGGCCGUUUACUUUUCAAAGUGGUAACGCUUCCAUGUUGAUGAACAACAGUUGCAACGUAUCAUCGUCAACCUCGUCGAGUCCUAAUCAGUAUCGUGGUCAGCAGGGAGCACACGAGAUCCAGAAUUUCCAUCACUCUGGACAUCAUCAAGGCAUGCCGCUACGCCACAAUCACGAGUCGCAGCUUUCGUAUUUCUGAAUAAAGCCUUUUUUAUCAUCGAGAAAGGAACGAGAAAAGAGCAUUCUGUUCGCGAGCAAAAAAAAAAAAUUUCCUCACUUGCAACAGCGCUAUAUUAUAUAUGAAUCGUGAAAAUGAAAAUUUAUAUUUAUUUCAGAGUGCCUUAUCGUUUUACUAUUUAUUGAUCUAUUCAUUUUAAGGACAAUUAUUAUUAUAAUAUCUUUAGAUUUAGAUCCCAUUAUUGUAACCAAAGCGUAAAUACUAGUCCAAUAAAAUAUUUCUAUACAGUUAUAAACUGCAAAUAUUAU